AUGUUCGCCGCUCGCACCGCCGUUCGAGUCGCCGCGCCGGCCGGGGCUCGGUCCUUCAGCAGCACGCCGACGCAGAUGGCCACCCUGCGCGAGCUCGAGAGUCGUAUCAAGUCGGUCGGUAACAUUGGUACGUUCCCUCGUCGUCUGUCACGGUCGAUCGUGCCACUGACCAUGAUCACGGCUUGUACUCUCUACAGGCAAGAUCACAAAGUCGAUGAAGAGUACGUAUCGUCAUCGUCGUACACCACACACGCCCCGCCGCCCGCCUCCGCAUCCCGCAUCCCGCAUCCCGCAUCCCACCCAUAUACCCGCAACCCACCUACUGCCGCUUUACCCCUAUCCCAUCCGUAUUGGCAUAGUGUCGCACGCUCUAUGAUCCGUUUGGACUCACCUGUGUAAUCCACCUUGUCUCCCACAGUGGUUGCCGCGUCUCGAUUGGCGCGUGCCCAGAACUCGAUGCGCCUCGCCAAGGCCUACGGUCAAGCCAACAACGCCGUCUUCGAGCAGUCCGAGGCCGCAAAGUCCGAGGCCAAGGUCGAGAAGAUCCUCUACAUCGCCGUCUCGUCUGACCGUGGUCUGUGCGGUGGAAUCCACUCGUCGAUCGCCAAGGCGACCAAGCGCGACAUCGAGACCGGCGAAGGUGCCGGCAAGGAGGUCACCAUCGUCGCGCUCGGUGAGAAGCCCAAGCAGCAGCUCGCCCGUGGCACCCACAGCCACGAGAUGGCCCUCUCCUUUUCGCAGAUCGGCAAGGCCGUCCCCACCUUUGCCGAUGCGCUCGCCAUCGCUGACAAGAUCGAGUCAGAGCACCUCGAGUUCGACAAGGUGCGUCCUUCUCGAGUCGGGGGAACGUCGGUUACGGACGGGGACUAAUCGCGGGUAUUGUAUUGCUUCCCACAGAUCAAGAUCGUGUACAACAAGUUCUUGACCGUCAUCUCGUACGAGGCCGCCUUCAUCGAGAUCUACUCCAACAAGGCCUUGUCGCUCUCGCCCGCCUUCUCGGCUUACGAAGUCGAGAGUGACGAGCUCGGUGGUGACCUGUCGUCGUUCGCUAUGGCCAACGCCAUCUACGCUGGUCUCGUUGAGGGUUUCGCUGCCGAGGUGAGUUGGCGACGUAUGCGACCCGAGGGAUGGCACACUGGGAAAGCGGAUGCUGGGUUGAGGAGCAUUCGAAACUGAUGGCAUUUGGCUCGUUGCAGAUUUCGGCCCGUCGCAAUGCCAUGGAGAACGCCUCCAAGAACGCCGGUACGUGGUGUUGAUGAUGUGAGAAGAUUCCGGGAUGCGGCUUGUUGACCUUUGAACCGCAACUCGAACGACUCACAGAGGAGAUGAUUGCCAAGCUCCGGAUGCAGUUCAACCGAAUGCGUCAAGCCGCCAUCACGAACGAACUUGUCGAUAUCAUCACUGGUGCUUCGGGUACGUUAUCAUGUUGCACUAUGGCUUCUCUCUUGAUGGUUCACGUCGAUCCGAUUGCUGACCGCGCUUAAUCGCUUCUGCCUCCCGACAGCUCUGUAA